AUUUGAGACAGGCAUCCAUUUUCAUUUGUGAAGCAACAUCCAUCCUUUCGCUAUUAAUUGUGUUCAUUUCAUCUAAGCUGAAAUAUGUUCAUUUUACGCCAUUAAUAAUGACUUCAAGGUGUGCCAAUUUCUGUAAUUCAGAUUUAACAAGUUAAUACUCACAAUGAAAACCGAACUAUAUUUUUAUUGGUAAAUGUAUUCGGACAUGCGCGAUCACAACACGGCGAAGAUUGAAGAGGCAUCUUCAUAGAAGAGAACUUCCUGUCUGAACAAGUUGUGGCUGAUGUAUUUUAUAUGCGUCAAAAAUGGUGGAAAUAAGGACAAAAUGGGGCAAAAGUAGGAUAUUUUAUUUCGCAAAUCAUGACAGAGGCAUCUGAAGAUGGCAACCAUGUGGUUAGGGUGCGUGCUCAGGUGAUGAUGCGCGAUGACAGCACGGGCGGGUGGGUCCCCAUGGGGGGAGGGGGCUUAUCCAACGUGUCUGUCCGUAAACGCGAUAUUUCACGUGAUAACGAUGAACACAAACAUGAAUAUCUCAUAUUUGGAAAGCGGAUAUCGGACCAGUCGGUUGUUCUGAGUUGCAUCAUAAAAAAAGACUUUGAGUACUAUAAGGUGAUGCCCACAUUCCAUCACUGGAAGACUGGGGAUAAGAAGUUUGGUCUGACGUUCCAGACGGCAGCAGAUGCCCGAGCUUUUGAUAAGGGAGUCCGCAUGGCAGUUGAGGAACUUCUAGAUGUUGCAGAUGCAGGUUUAUCUGACUGCAAUGUGCCUCACCAGAAACUCCACUGUGCUUCACCAGUGAGGCGCGCCCCACAGUCUGAGAAUCACUGCUAUAGGGACUCUCUAAGUCAUUGUCCUCAACACAAACCAUACUGUGUAGCUCCAUCUUUAACCCAUUUGCGCCCAGCCACUUUCACUCCGAACUGGCCCUGGAAUCCAACUUAUGAAGGUCUUUCGGAAAUAUCGCCACUUCACAAAUUCAAAGCAGGUGUGGGAGAGGAUGACGUGUUUAUGACAUUGAACUUACCUGUGGAGAUUGGUGAUUCACGCUCGUCCUCUGACUCGUCAAAGGGUGGCGGAGGGAGCAGUCAUCGUGCCACUUCCCCCACCGAGUCUCAUCAUCUCCAUCGGAUUCAUUAUAUCCCAAGACGUGACAAAAUGGGGUCUGACCAGGACCGUAGCCCUCCGGAGAGCAAACAGCUACAGCAGCACGAAGAAGGUGGUGAUGGGGUCAGAAGCAGUGAAAAAGAAACCUACUCGUAUGUUCAGUUGACAGCUAUGCAUGAAUACAUAUACCCCGUGAUGGAGGACCAGAAGGCUUCGCGCCGCGACUCGGCAAGUAGUUUGAAGAAGAGAAGCUUGGAAGUGAUCCCCACUCAACCCCCUUUGCUGCCUACCAAACCAGGCGGCAAGAAGACGGAUCGCCAUGCGGCCUAUUGGAACAGGUGCCGCCACUGCCAGGAGCUAUAUUUGGAGGGUGAGAAUGGUAGAGGGAGUUGCGAGUAUGCACCAGACUGCGUGCGAGCAGGUAUCAACGCGGUCGCCUGCAUCUCAUGUGCCGAGUGCAUGCUGUACCAUUGCAUGGCGGAUGCAGAAGGGGAUUUUGCACAGCAUCCAUGUGAGUGCGGGGUGGUGGAUGAAAACUGUGGGCGCCGGUGGGUCGGCCUUGCUCUGCUAUCGCUGCUGGUGCCCUGCUUAUGGUGCUACCCACCACUUCGGGCAUGUCACUGGUGUUGCGUGUCUUGUGGGAUCUGCGGCGGCAGGCAUCGUCCCGCCUCCUAGCCUAAAGGGUGCCAGGAUGAAGGUGGCGUUCGUUGCCGGCCGCUAUCCGUGCUGGGUUAGUCAGACAGGUAGAUGAUAGUGCUCAGUACUUGUGCCACAACUUGUAGGUUGACACUGCCUAUCGUGAAAUAAUGUGGACAUUAUCAGUCUUUUCUGUUUAUUAGUUAGUGUCCCAAAAUGUUGUAACUUCAAGGAUGAUUUGGCACAUACUGUACGUGCUGGGUCUGGCCACCCAGCUCUCUCAGAGUACCAUUUUCUCACCAUGGUGCUCCACAAAUAUUUUUCAUAUGGGGACUACUGCCUGGCUUCCCGAGAAGCAUGCCGCGUGUGUGUUUCGCGUAGUUCUAGAAGCAGUACAAAGCUGUACAGUGAUGACCGGACUGCCUGCUCCGUAAAGCAGAUAGGGACUUGCAGUAUUUAUUUGAUGGUUGGAAUUGUACUUGUCUCUUCUAAUUUUUUUUUUAAAAAAUUUAUUUCUCUUGCCCCCUAAUUACAUCCAUUGUACCAUUGUAUGUAUGUCGUAAAAAUGUUGCCUUACAUUAACGGACCGUGGGCUGAUAAUAUUACAAUAAGAGACAAGCUAUAGUGACACCAUAACUAAUAUAUUGUUUAAUGUCAUUUUAUAUCGUGUACAUAAACGAUCGGAACCUGUUCGUUACACGGUCGUGUAGCGAGUGUAAUCGUUACUUUCCGAAACCAUUAAUGUAUGUGGGAUAUAUCAUGUUGACUGGUUUUGUUUAGGUAAACCAAGUGCAUAUAGGCCAUUCCACCCUAUAAAUAUUUGUCACGGCAAAGGGAGGUCAUAUUUUUCCGUGGGCUCACGGGAAAAUAAGACGGACUUUUGGUUCCGAAGUCCAACGUGAUGGCAUAUGACGCAGAACUGCUAGUUCUCGGUCAACUGCUGCCCCAAGUUUUAAUUCUGUGUGAAAAUAAGGUCCAGUGACAUGUGAUUGGUGGACACUGGUCAAGUGCGAGCCAACAAAAUUUACGCCAACGAAAGGAAAUCUAUUUACUAAUACUACUAUUAAAUAUUAUGAAUUAUUGCUAUUAUCCUUAUUAUUACUGUUAUCUUUAUUAUGACAUUAUAGGUUGCACACCACCUGAUAAAGUUCUGUAUUAACUUUUUUUUUUUGUAAGCACCGUGAAAAGAUGACCAAAUCUUUUUUCAUACUUAUUUUAAUAUGUUAACGUUACAAACUUUUGUACUGUCUUUUAUGUGCAGUCCUAUAAAGAACAUUCAUUUAUUCAUUCA